AUGAAAAUGAUAUAUUUCAAUCAAUUAAUCAUUCUAAUGAAGAUGAAGAAAUAUAUAUUGAUGAUGAUAAUUUUUCAAAUACGGAAUUAGAAAUUAUAGAUAAGAAUAAUGACAAUAAAUAUUUAACAGAAUCAGUUAUGCAUUAUGUUUUUUAUCCUCAUGAUUCUAAAACAAUUGCAACUGUUUUAGAAAAAGUUAUUAAUGAUUGGGG